CGCCGGGCUCUCACUUCCCCGCCGGCUCAGUCCAGUCCCCGCGGCGCGCCAUGGAGCGCGGCGUGCUGCUGCUGGCGCUGGCCUGGGCGCUGGGGGUGACUCUGUCCGGGGCAGCCAGGAGCCCCUACCAGCAGGUCCUGCACCACAGCCGGCUGCGCGGCCGGCAGCACGGCCCCAAUGUGUGUGCUGUACAGAAGCUUCUUGGAACAAACAGGAAAUACUACACAAACUGCAAACAGUGGUACCAGAGAAAAGUCUGUGGAAAAUCAACAAUGAUCAGCUACGAGUGCUGCCCUGGAUAUGAAAAGGUACCUGGAGAAAAAGGCUGCCCAGCUGCAUUGCCACUUUCAAACAUCUACGACACCCUGGGGAUUGUUGGCGCCUCCACCACCCAACUGUACUCUCUCAGCUCUAACCUGAAACCAGAAAUUGAAGGACCUGGAAGUUUUACAAUCUUUGCCCCAAACAAUGAGGCCUGGUCUGCUUUGCCUGCUGAAAUGUUGGAUUCAUUGGUCAGUAAUGUUAACAUUGAACUGCUAAAUGCUCUUCGCUACCAUAUGGUGAACAAACGGGUCCUAACAGAUGACCUGAAACAUGGAACGUCUCUUCCUUCAAUGUACCAGAAUAUUGAUCUCCAGAUCCACCACUAUCCUAAUGGAAUCGUGACCGUGAAUUGUGCCAGACUUUUGAAAGCAGACCAUCAUGCCACCAAUGGAGUGGUCCAUCUGAUAGAUAAAGUCAUCGCCACCACAACGAACAGUAUCCAGCAAAUCGUUGAGACCAACGAAAAUCUUGAAACUCUUCGGACUGCUCUGGCUGCGUCUGGUCUUAAUACCCUGUUAGAAAAUGAUGGUCAGUUCACACUCUUGGCUCCAACCAAUGAAGCCUUUGAGAAGAUCCCACAAGAAACACUGAACAGGAUCCUUGGGGACCCAGAAGCUCUCAAAGACCUGUUAAACCAUCACAUACUGAAAUCAGCCAUGUGUGCCGAGGCCAUUAUUGCUGGCUUGUCCAUGGAGACUCUGGAAGGUACCAUGUUGGAAGUAGGCUGUAUUGGUGAUGAACUCACCCUGAAUGGAAGGCCUAUCAUUGCUGAAAAGGAUGUCCUAGCUAUCAAUGGUGUAGUACAUUUUGUUAAUGAGCUUCUGAUUCCAGACUCAGCUAAAACUUUGUUUGAGUUAGGUAAAGAAUCUGAUGUUUCAACGUCUAUUGACCUUUUUAGACAAGCUGAUCUCAGCUCUCAUCUCACUGGAAAGGAGCGUGUGACGCUUCUUGCCCCAAUAAACAUUGUGUUCAAAGAUGGGACUCCUCCUAUGAAUCGGAACACGAAGAGUUUGCUUCUAGAUCACAUUCUUAAAGAACAGCUUUCUUCUAAAUAUCUUUACCAUGGACAGGAGCUAGAAACUCUGGGUGGCAAAAAACUGAGAGUUUUUGUAUACCGCAAUAACCUCUGCAUUGAAAACGUCUGUAUUGCUGCCCAUGACAAGAGAGGAAGGUUUGGCACCUUGUUCACGGUGGACAAAAUGUUGACUCCACCAGUAGGAACAGUCAUGGAUGUUCUAAAGGCAGACCAACGUUUCAGUACGUUGGUGGCUGCCAUCCAAUCUGCAGGUCUAAUGGAGACAUUAAAUAGGCCAGGUACCUUCACGGUGUUUGCUCCAACAAACGAAGCUUUCCAAGCUAUGCCACGAGGGGAACUGAACAAACUUAUGGGUAAUGCGAAACAACUUGCUACCAUUCUGAAGUACCAUAUUGGGGAUGAAAUCUUGAUCAGUGGAGCAGUUGGCGCUCUUGUGAGAUUGAAGUCUUUGCAGGGUGAUAAAAUUGAAGUUAGCGCUAAAAACAAUGUAGUGAAUGUGAACAAGGAACCUGUUGCCGAAACUGAUAUCAUGGCCACUAAUGGUGUGAUUUAUGCUGUGAAUGCGGUCUUACAACCUCCAGCUUUCAGGCCUCAAGAAAGAGGAGAUGAGCCUGCAGAUCCUGCACUAGAAAUCUUCAAACAGGCAUCUGCAUUAUCCAAGGUUUCCCACAGGAGUUCUCGGCUAGCGCCUCAGUAUUCCAGGUUAUUAGCAAGGAUGAAACAGUAAAGUGAAGAACAUUCAGCAGAACAAUCAACUUUUGCUGUCAUUUUAAGGGAAGGACAGAAUUGCUUUUAAAAUGCAAAUAUCACACUUAAGUUUAUUUUGUUUCCAUCUCAAAUGGAUAGGAGAAAAAAGCCAUAUUUUUCAAACCAUUUUUGCUUCUUUUUUUUUUUUUUUACCUUUAGGAGCUGUACAUUAAGGCUAAUGCUUUUCAGAAGUAACCCCUGAUUCUGGAUGCUUCAAGUUUAGGUACCCAAUCUGUGGUAGUUGUGGGCCUUAUUUUUCAGAAGAACAAGUGCUGAUUACAGCUCUGGUUGAGGAAAGCACUUAAGCAUGUAUUUGGGUUCGUCCCUGUUCAGGACAGUUGAGGGCUAUCCUGAACAGGGACACUUUCCUGAAUCAAGACUUAUCUUCAGCUCUGACUUCAACUGCAGUUGUGGAUUCUAAGCACCCCUGAAAAUCAAGAUCAGAAGUAUGGUCUCAAUUUGUGCAGCCCUCCCUCCCCACCCCCCAACCCCUCAAAAAAUCCAAAGUCUGUGCCACCUUUUGAAAACAUUCACUCUAGUGACAGUGCUGUAAUUGUACACUAUCACCUUUCAAUAGAUCACAUAGGUGCCAACCUUACAGUUGAUUACACAGUGAUUAUUUUAACUUAUCCUUUUGUUGAACUCACUAAAUGUUUUCUGAGCAAUACGGUGUUUUAAACCAAAGAAUACAUCUUUUCUUUCUUCUCCCCACCCCCUGUGUUUUGAAUGUCUUCCAUGCAAGUCUGAGUUUGAGGUUUGUUUGUUUUUUUUAAAAAAGCCUUCUGUUGAUAUUAGGGAAUUUGCAUGAUAUAAACUGUGGUCUGAACUGUUCUAGUUUUUGUUUGGUUUUGUUUAUGCAUACGGAUUUGACUUGGCUGUCUUGGUUCACAAGAAGACUGAAAAUACGUCAUAUCUGCAAUGAGACUUCUCCCUCUCAGAAGCCUUCAAAUAAAUGAUUCAUUUGUAAUAACUUGGUUUUUUAAAAAAAACCAAUAAAAUCAAAAACAUAUGACAAUGA